AUGGCCUCCGCCCACCCUCCAGGCUACGACGACGCAGACCAUCCCCCAGCCUACCAAACCACGCACGAACUCAGCAUCGUGCCCAUCGAGGGCGCCCUGCGCAACGUCUAUCUCGUCCGGCCCAAUGAAACCGGCCCCGCGUACUUCGCCGACAUCACGCACUUGGGCGGGCACAGCGUGACCCUACACCAAGGCACGCAACACGGGCCUCCGAUCGGGCACUCGCGCUACUCCAGCUCGGGCUCGUUCAAGCUGGGCGUGGGCGAGAAGGAAAAGGGCGUGGCGUGGAUCGAUUUCCACGAUCAGGCGGAUCACUACGGGUUCACAUGGCAGGGGAGGAAGUACACUCUGCGGCAUGCGCAAAUUUCUGACUUCCCCGGCUCAGGGCUGACGGAGCUGGAAGGCACGCAGCUGAAGGUGGUCGACGAGGAGGCGGACAAGGCGAUUGUGGCGCUGAUGAUCUGCGAUGCCGAGACGGAUAUGGGCGUGUUGAAGCUCGGGAGCGGCGUUAAGGGGGAUGCGGAGGUGAUGGUCGUGCUGGCUGUGCUUACCUGGAAUGAUAUCAUUCGUGGCUCCGGGCGGCGGAAAGGUGGGAGCACGGCGGCGCAGAAUUUCCUGCCGGGCUAUCGCUGA